AUGGAACUAGAUCAGCAGUUUGAAGAAGAACAACAACAACAACAAGAACAAGAAGAGGAAAAGGAUGAGAAAGGAGGAGUGGAGAAGAAGAAGAAGAAGAAGAAGAAGAAGACAAAGGAGGAGGAGGAGGAGGAGGAGAAGAAGAAGAAGAAGAAGUGGAGAAGAAUAAGAAGGAGUGGAGAAGAAGAAGAAGAAGAAGAAGAAGAAGAAGAAGGGCUCACCGGAACAGGUUUAUUUAGAUGCUGAGGUUUCGAAGAGCUUGGUCGGCUCUCCAUUGUCAAUGCGUAAAAUGCACCUUAUCGACCAGAGAUCCCAAGUGGAGUGUCACGUUGGUCGGCCUCGUGCUGAUCGAUUUUUCUCUCCUCUCACUGCCUCGGCCUCUCGGGGGAUGUUUGACGGUCGUUUUGUCUCCGUGCUUUGUGAGUCACCACUCCGUCGGGGGGAGGUAACUGAACCAGUGUCGGGUGAUCGGUCUGGCGGUUCUUGUUCUUCACCGAGGCGUAAUUCUCCGAUGCCCAAUCCAUCAACAGCCAUAUGAACCUUCCUGCAGCUUACAAAGUCCUACGUCAUCACAAUCGUAGAGCUCAGGGCCAAACAACCACACCGGACUUAAGAAGGCCAUACGGAGACAGCCCAACGGCGAGUUUACUCAGUGAAGAGGAACAAUAACAGCCUGGCCGACUACCCGACACUGGUUCAGUUACCUUCCCCCGACGGAGUGGACGUCUCACGGAGCACGCAGACAAAACGCCCGUCAAUCAUCCCCCAAGAGGCCGAGACAGCGAGAGGAAGGAAAAAUCGAUCAGCACUAGGUCGACCAACAUGACGCUCCACUUGGGAUCUCUGGUCGAUUAGAUACAUUUUACGCUUUGACAAUGGAGAGCCGACCAAGCUCUUCGAAAAGUCAGCAUUUAGAAAAACCUGUUCCAGGGGAACUCUUCUUCUUCUUCUUCAUUUUCUUUUUCUCCACUUCUUCUUCUUCUUCUUCACUUCUUCUUCUUCUUCUUCUUCUUCUUUCUUCUUCUUCUUCUUCACAUAGUCAACUUCGGAUCUCUCAACUUUGCCAACCUGAAUAAAUAAGCAAUCCCAUAUUUAUCACAGAUGGUCGCACGUGGUGCGAUGGGUACUUGAUCGUCCCCCACCCUUAGUCGUCACUUGCCGCGACUUCAUGACCGGUGUUUGGUGAUCGGUAUAAAAAUUACUCGGCCGUUUGGCUCACUGAUAUUCUCACCGGAAACAGUGUCCCCCCACACUGAUGACUGAUGAGAUAACGAUACACCGGCACUGUAUGCGUGGUUGAUUACUCUGUCGAGAGAGAGAGAGUUUCAGCAUUGAAAAGGGAAGAGAGAGAUCAUUGCGCUUGUUGGUGGACUGCAGACCGGUGAACCAUGACUCGAUUGUCGUCUUUUGCAUGAAUAUAGACCUCGCCGGAAUGGGUCAGGUCGGGUUACGUCACAUGAACUGUGACAUGGGAGUCGACAGCAUUCUUCCUCACAGGCGCGUGCUACAGUAGGUGGGCUAAUUCAUGAAAUGUUAACCGAAAUUCCGAAAUGCGUUUUCGUUUCGAAAAGAUUACUAAAGUAGGGUUGUAAAACUAGUUAGCCUGCAACAUGAUUCUAUUAUAUUUCAGUUACCUCAGGAUGUCAGCUUUCGAACGAGACUCCUUACGGCUACAUGUUGAAACUACACUCUGUAAAAAAUGAUUACUUAAAUAGCAUGCAUUUUUCUCAUUGAUUUUCGAUGCCCCUAAAAGUUCAAUCAUAUUUCAUGGAAAAAAAUGCAUAAAAAUAUUCAUUGUUUUAUUAAUUCGGUAGAUGGUUGCCUGUUCGGGACCCCUAUCUCCCAUACGAAGCUUGUUUGCUUCGGGAAGCCAGUGAAUCGGUGUGCGCCCAGCCCUGAGUGAAUAUACAUAAAUACAUACAUACAUAAUAACAUGGUUUUACCGACAAAGACAAGGGAGACUGGAAUGACUACUUCUGGCUCAUUAGUCGUCGUCAGCCAGCCAUACCUAAGCCUGAAGUGUGGAACACCUGAGGCUCGAACUCGCGACCUGUUAGUUAGAAGUCCUAUGUAAAAAACAGAAACGUCACAACGUUUGAAACAGCACUUUAUGUAGCCCUCCAUGAAAUAGCGUAAUAUGCAAUAUGGCAGCUAGUCGACUACCCAGUGUUUGUUUGGUUAAUUCAAAAACGUUAGCAGCAUUCCAGAAAAUAUUAUCGUUUAUGCAUUUGUUGGAAUGUAGUCAAGAAAAUCAUUAACGUUGUUUUUGGGAGGUAGACGUUGCUGAAAUAACAGCUUUAAUUAGGUUAUAUGCUGAGGCCGGUCAGAUACUAUGAUACUGAAAUAUAAUCAGAAACUGCAAUCAGAAUCAUUGCCGUUCCGCAAAAUUUCUGCCUUCCAUCCGGCGAUGGUGGGAUGCGCCGAGUUUUAGGACGUCCUUGAAAUGUCAAUGAAGACAUUGCGAUAUUAAGUGCUCUUGAGCUACUACCUUAGCAGACGUUCUGCAGUUUGCGUCAAUUAAAACCUAUAAAAUAACAUAGUUAUUGGAAGCAGUCAUCUAGGUAGCAAGAUCUUGAUCGUCAUUAUUGUAAACUCACCCAAACAUACAUCGUGAACGUCGUGGAAAGUUGACAUUCGAAACUAUGCCUUUUGAUAAAAAGUAGUCUGGAUUAAAUUAAAAAAGCACGUUUACAAGAAAUGUGCUUAAAAAGUACUUUCUAAUGUACGUCUUUGAUGGAAAUCCUCGCAUUUUUUCCAAAUGAAAGAUAUGCGAAAAAUGAAAAACCGGAAGCAGAUGAUUUUUUGCAAUAAGCGAAAAACUCUCUUUUUUCUUCAAUUGGAACCACUUCGUUACAUUUGCCCUUUUUAGACUCCGUUCAACGAUUCCACGUUCACCACAAUGGGGACAUUGAUGAAAUGGACAAAAUUCUCAAACAGGAAAAGUGGUUACCAUUCUCUUUUCAAAUCACACAGUAG